CCUGAUGUCACGGCGCGGAAGGCAGAAGGGAGGCGUGACGGUGCCGGCUGGGCUCUCCGGACCAGGACGCGGCUCCGCAAAGGAGGAUCCGAGGUCCCGGAGGCGCCGGAGGGUCUGCGGGGAGGUGGCUGCUAUCGAUACAGGACAAGAAUGGGGCAGACACAGGACAAGGACUCAGGGCGAGAUUUAAAGGAGGACGAGGGCAACAGCGGGGAUGAGACGGAGCAGAAGCCCCAAGGAGGCGAGACGGAGGCAGCCGGCGCGAGCUGGGAUGAAGGGGAGCUCGGAGAUGUGAGGGUCUGCAGCCUGGCCGGAGACGGGAGAGGCGGAGCUCCUGGGAGAGACACCAGCCAAUGCCUGGGGAGGGACAUGCAUGGUGCUCCCCCCAAGGGUGGUAAAGCCACAGCAGACAGAGAGAACAGCCCAGACUCUGAAGCAGAACGUCGCUCUGACAGUAAAGAACACUCGGGAGAUUUUAUCAAAGACGAUUUUGUUAUCCUGGGAGGGGGAGAGACUAAACCCCCACCCAACAGAAAGGGCAAGAAGAGAGGGAGCAGGGAGGAAGGAAUGAACUCUGAGAAUGUGGGGAAUGAAGGUGGCGACUGGGUGACCGAUCCUGAAAUGGAGAAGGACCGAGACCUUCGGACGCUAGGAGAGGGCCAAGGCGGGGCUGCCUGCUCUGCUCUCGCUGUGCCAGCAGACAAUUCGCGGAGGGAGGAAAAUGCCCUUAACGGCGGUAAAGCUAGAGCCAAUCGAGGUACGCCGGUGUGUCCUUCCAAAGAUAACCCAGAGCCCUUGCAUCACCCACUGAGGCAAUCAAGAUCACAAGGUGGUGCCCAGGGGGGGGAGGAAGGCCACACGGGGGACCAUAAACAUUGUGCUGAUAAAUAUCCUCCUUUGCCUGCAGAAAGCCAGGGGUCUGGAGAGACAGCUUGGUCAGAAGAAACAGGUAAACAAGCAGAGAAAAAAUCAACACCAGACCACAUCAAAGCAGAUACAUCUGAUCAUCAUUCCCCCAGGGUGGACCCUUAUAUACGGGGCGACUUCUUAGAGGAGCAACCUCCUCUUCAGAUGGAGCCAGCUCAUGCAACCACAAACCCCUCAGACCUUAAGGUCAGCCGUGAAAAAGAGAAGCACAUCUGUGACCAAAGGGAUGGAGAAUAUAGUGAUACUGCUGGUGUUUUACCCAUCAUCCCUGAUCCUAAGAUAGUUGCGAUAACAAAGACAUUUUACAUAUUUUCCCCUGAAGUCAAGCACAAGGACUGUCCAUCAAAGAGCAACAUCAAAGGUGCAACUCCGAAACUACAACUUGGGAAAAGAGAUGUUGAUAAGCAAGGUGAGGAGAAGCUGACUGCAGGCAAAUGGCCAGCGAUGGAUGCAGAAAGAACAAACCAGUCUGAAGAAACCAAUCUGUCACUGAGAGAAGAUAAUGGUGUGGACACCCUAAACUUAUCUUCUGCAGGUGGAUCAAACCACAAACUCAGUACUUCAACAAAACAGAGAGACAACAAAUCAGAGGAGACUGGGGAUUUACUGGAGGACAAAAAGUGUCCUGCUGCUACCAGUUAUUUACCAGUCCGAGAGAAAGCAAAGCAAAGCAAGAAAGAAGACCCAAUGUCACUAGACACAAUUAAGGCAAGAGUCAAACAGGAAGGAACUUUGUUUGAAGAAAUUCCCAUUAAACACACUUCACUGGAAGGUGUCCCAGCUCCUUCAGACACCAAGAAGACCCCAGCUAUCCUCUUAGAUCCCAGAGUGCCAUUACAUGAUGACCCUCAUCUACAGAGAGUGGCUAGACCCAGAGCUGCCGGUGAGAACGCAAAGACCUCAAGUCAGCUUUCUCAGAACCAUGCCUCUCCAAACAGUGCCCUUCAAAAACGAGCAAAGUCAUCAACCUCUAAGCCCUGGCCGGUACAGGAAGAAGAUAAACUGUCCCAGAUGACAUCAAAUGUGAAAAUCAGCAGGGAAAAAGAGAAAUUGGAACAGCCGUGUCAGCGAGGAGAAGAGAAAAUCAGGGAUGAUGACACUGUCUCCAUCGCUCUUCAGCCACAAAUUAACACUGAGGGUAAGAAGGGGACUGUGACAUCACCAGAAGCAUGCAGCUUAGGCACUGCUGACGGAUGUUCAGUUGUUGUCCUUGAUGAAUUACAAACUGCUAGGAAGCCUGCUGCUAUGGCUGAGGAAAGGCCAGGUUCCAAAGGCAAACAGGGCCAGGCAAAACAUCUUCCUCAUAAGGAUGUGCAGAAGGACCAUCAAACGAAGAUGACAAACAGAGCAGAGAGCAGCAGGACAGCAAAGGGCAGCCAUGCGAAUGAGGCUGAGGUUCCAGGGAAAGCAUCAGCCCCCUCAGCACCAAAGCCAUGUAAACUGGCUUCAUCGGGUCCUCCAGCUUCUACAGAUGAGGAGUGUGAGGUUAAAAACAUGGCUCGGGGUUCCACAUGGCAAGAAGAACAUCAUCAUCUCAGUGAUGUGCUCCCUCCGCUCCCAGAGGUACCAAGCUUCCCAAAAGCUUGUGAACUGGAGACUUUAAGCAAAGUAGCGAAUAGAGAUGACACUUAUGCAAAACUUCCUGCUGAGGAUGCUGAAGAAACAGAUGUUGCUUCAGCUAUACCAGGACUCAAAACAACAACAGCUCCUUCAGCAGUGGGGAUCAUGUCUGGGAACUUAAAGAAACAGACCGAGGGAGGUGAUACAGUGCCUGAAAUCCAUCUUGCUAGACGAAAACAUUCUUCUGCAGCGGUAACGGAACCCGUGACCUGCCAGCUUACUUUUCUGUCUGGCCUCGAAAAAGACUCAAAACAACCAGCACUGAGAGGGGCAUUAUGUGGCGAUGAAAAGUCUGGUAUUCCUCUUGUCUCUCAACCACCAAAGAUGGAAACCGUCUCACAAAUAGAACCAAAUCAAUCUUGUGUAGGCUCCUCCCACCUGCCAGAAAACAAGAUGGACUCACCUGUUGCUUCCCUCAAAGAGCUGGUAGAGCCAUGCUCUAAUGCCAAUGCAGUCAAGCCCAUGACUGCUGUUUUAGGAAAUGACCCAUGUUCCGACGAGGAGACAGCAAAUCGCAAAGAGACAGAAAGAGAAGAGGCGGAGCAAACAUCAACACCAGUCGUAGAGGAGGUAAGGGCCAGCCAAUCAAACGAGGGCAGUGCUAUGUUAAGUGCUAAUUCCAUGGCUUUAUCACUAUCCACGACAGCACCAUCCAGGCCUCUGUCAGCAGGUCCUCCAGCACCACAAAGUCAUGAGAACAAACGGAAAACUGCACAGGUGACGACGAGAGAAGAGUCUGCUUAUAACACUGCUGUCACCACCCGCACAUCAAAGAUCUUCCUAGAAGGGAAUGAAACAAGGAUGGCAGAUAUUGAGCUCAGCUCAGAGGUCAUUUGGGAAAACGGCUCAAUGGAAGAAGGAGAUAAAACAAGCUCUGUCUCAAACCUACCAGAAAGUGAAGAUGCAAAUUCAGCAGUACCGACCACCACAGGGAAUGGGCCUGCAAGACUGUCAGAUGGGGGCAACCCCAAUUCUGAAAGCUAUGUUGACAUAAAGACUGGAGAUACAAAGGCCACAGCCGAAGGUCUUCUCUGUCGUACCACCGUGCAUAAGGGUGAUAUGCAAAGAGGACAGACAGGGCCAUCACAAAGGGAUGAGAGGCACAAAGAUGGCAUCUCUGGGUCUGAAAUUCACUCUGAAUCGGACACGGACAUGGCUGGGGCGUUCUCCUCGGGUAUCCCGUUUGAUCGAGUCUCACUGAAGAAGAGGGCUAAGGCCAAGGGUCCGCCACCACCUGUUCCAAAAAAGCCAAAAAUGCCUCACGGGGAUAUGCAAGCUUUGGAGGCGCAGAGGAUUCGGGGGCGUGGCCUGCAUUCGGACAGCGAGAGGGAUGCCGAGAGGACCAGGAAGCCCUAUGAGAUAGAAUCACCAGAAGAACCGAUGGAGGUGAGCCGCCUAAGACGGAAUGAUCUGGUGUUAAUGGGCAGCGCCGGGGAACACAGUGAGUAUUCCGUUACAAUCCCCUCAGACCACUUUAACCCUGAUGUAGAAGAUCCUGCAUCAUCCAGGCUUGGUUUUAAGGAGUAUGAGUAUAUAAAGAAUGGUCCACAGGUGACAUGGGAGAAAGAGCCAGACUAUCUCGCUUUUGCUGCCCGCUUGCCGGAGUCUAGCAGGGUGAGGAGAUCACGCGACAGGACGAGGGCAGAUGUCGCGGGAGCAGAUUACUGCAGGGGGGCUACUAUGGACUUAGUCUCCAUUCUGUCUGAAGCUGAGCUAGCAAAUGUUGCCCAUUUUGGGCCAGAAACAUACUCAGAAAAAAGACAAAGGACACAAUAUGAUGAGAGUCACACUGAUUUUGGGAGCCACAGCAAUGUGGAGGAAAGAGGACUAAGAGCAACUUUUGAUAGAGGCAAUCAGAUGACGGGACACCCACAGGAAACAGACAUUCCCCCUGAUGUAGAUUCAGUGGGGUAUGACAUCGCCUUCUUGCGGGAUUUGGGUUACCUGCCAGAAAGGAGGGUGAAGGGUCCCCCUCCGCCUGUCCCCAAAAAGCCCAAAUUACGUCUACCUCUAUCUGAAGUUGACCGCUACCUAGCCUUGCUUUUGGCUGACUCAGAGGCAGACCCGCAGUCUAUGGACCUGCACAGCUCGGAACCUGAUCUCGAGCUACAGGACACAGGGACCGAGAUGGAGCAGGUUUCCAGGCCCGACCCGAGGAGCCCGAGCCCCGCCCGGGCUGAGCCAAGCAGCCUGGCUGCCCCCAAAGCCCGCGUCCCGCGCGGUUCCAGGGACGUCUCUGGGCUCCUCAAGGAGACAGUUCAGAUACAAGAAAAGAGCAAGAGCUGGAUGAGGCUUGAAGAGGCGAGGAAGGGCGAGCAGACUGUGAAGGUGGAGCAGAUGAAGAACGCUUUUGACCCGCCAAAGAAGUCGACAGAAAAAGUUCCUGAGACGGCUUCCCCACCAAAGAAGGACAUGUUCAGGCGAGUCGUCCGGCAGAGCAAGUUCCGCCACGUCUUCGGCCAGGCGGUAAAGAACGACCAGUGCUACGACGACAUCCGCGUGUCACGCGUCACCUGGGACAGCUCCUUCUGCGCCGUCAACCCAAAGUUUGUGGCCAUCAUCAUCGAGGCCAGCGGGGGCGGCGCCUUCCUAGUCCUCCCACUGCACAAGACUGGUCGCAUCGACAAGUCCUACCCCACGGUGUGCGGGCACACGGGGCCCGUGCUGGACAUCGACUGGUGCCCGCACAAUGACCAGGUCAUCGCCAGCGGCUCCGAGGACUGCACAGUCAUGGUGUGGCAGAUCCCUGAAAACGGCCUGGCCAGUUCCCUGUCCGAGCCAGUGGUGGUGUUGGAGGGGCAUUCCAAGAGGGUUGGCAUUGUGACGUGGCACCCGACAGCCCGGAAUGUUUUGCUCAGCGCGGGUUGCGAUAACCUGAUCAUCAUCUGGAACGUCGGCACGGGCGAGGCGCUGAUUAACCUGGAGGACAUGCACCCCGACGUCAUCUUCAGCGUCUGUUGGAACCGCAACGGCAGCCUCAUCUGCACGGCCUGCAAGGACAAGAAGGUUCGCGUCAUCGACCCGCGCAAGGAGCAGAUUGUGGCGGAGAAGGACAAGGCACACGAAGGAGCCCGGCCCAUGAGAGCCAUCUUCCUGGCUGACGGGCAAGUCUUCACCACGGGCUUCAGCCGAAUGAGUGAACGCCAGCUGGCGCUGUGGAACCCCCGAAACAUGGACGAGCCCGUCACCGUGCACGAGAUGGACACCAGCAAUGGUGUCUUGCUUCCCUUCUACGACCCCGACACCAACAUGGUCUACCUGUGUGGGAAGGGGGACAGCAGCAUCCGGUACUUCGAGAUCACGGACGAAGCUCCCUUCGUCCACUACCUCAACACCUUCAGCACCAAGGAGCCCCAGCGGGGCAUGGGAUUUAUGCCCAAGAGAGGUCUUGACGUCAACAAGUGUGAAAUCGCCAGGUUUUACAAACUGCACGAGAGGAAGUGUGAGCCCAUCAUAAUGACCGUACCCAGGAAGUCGGACCUGUUCCAGGAUGAUUUGUACCCCGAUACGGCCGGACCAGACUGCGCCCUGGAGGCAGAGGAUUGGUUUGAGGGCAAGAACGGGGACCCGAUCCUCAUCUCCCUAAAGCAUGGCUACAUCCCUGGCAAGAACCGUGAUCUCAAGGUGGUCAAGAAGAAUGUUCUAGAGAACAAGCCGGCCAAGAAGACGGAGAACACGGCGCCUGCCCACAAGCCGGCGUCCUCCACCCCAUCUAUACAAAGCGAGGCCAAGCUGGAUGAGAUCCUGAAAGAAGUGAAAACCCUCAGGGACCUCAUCGGCAGUCAGGAGAAGAGAAUUGCCAAACUCGAGGAUCAGAUGUCCAAGAUUUCAAUCUAAGGACCCCACCCAGCCAGUACCCAACACUCUCUCUCUCCCUCCCUCUCUCUCUCUGUCUGUCUCUGUCUCUCCUCCAAUCCCAUCGCCUCCACCAUCAUUCAGGACAAUCCAUUGGCUGGGAAUGGCAGGGUGGGCGGGGCCUGUCACUGCCAGUCAUGACGACAGCAUUCGGCCUGAAGCCUACCCGGCCGGGAUCCAGGCAACAUUCCAAUAUGGACUUUUCCUUACCUUAAACCUUCCCCCCUCCCUCUCCAAAAAACAGGGGCGUGGAGAGUAAAACAAACUUGCAGUCUAUUGUCUACCUUUUAAUUGGGGGUGGGGUCAAAACAUCUGUUUUAAUAACUGGCAAUUUUUUUUUUUUUCCAUGGUCUUACUUUAUUAUUUUUUUUAAUUGUGACCAAGAACAUUCUGACGUGAACAAUUUGUACUUACUGUGGUAUACUCAGAUGUUAUAUACAUGCAAAAUACAGCUAUCAGUAUUGCAUUUUCCCUUAACGUUGCCAAAUUUGAAUGUUUUGUUUACAUUGCUCCCUUACAGUAUUUUGUUGGCUUUUUUCCUGCAUUCCAUGUGUUCUAUAAGGGACAAUGCAACGGAAUGGUAUAGAGUACAUCUAUGGAUUUCCUACUAUAAAGCUCACAAUGGGGAAAUAUUAGUUUUUUUUACUCAGCUUACUGGGGGGAACAAUGUUCUGUUGGAAAGUAAUUUUCUUUUUCCUUGUCCAUUUCUUCGAUUUUAACUGUAUGCUAUGGAGGCACCGUUAAAAUGGAUGGCCUGUCUGUAACAGUUUUGCCGUAAGCCUAUCCGCGCCACCCCCCCCCCCCCCCCCCCCCCACCUCGACGGCUCUGAGGUGUUGUCGGCAGCAGGGAGGUGCGCAGAUCUGUUGCCAGGGCGAUGACGUUUUCUCGGGGGACUUCUGUGAGCACGUGCAUCUAGUAAACAGCCUCCGGCCACCAUCUGUGCAUGCAAUAAAGAUUUUACUCGUGGAAAAACGAAGUGUUCUCCAUAAUAAAUCUGUUCAAAAUUCUACUACUAA